CCCUCAGAUCAAUAACAAUAACGCAGCGAGACUCUUCACACAUCUGAAACCGAAUUACAUUAACAAUAAUAACUCCCAUUACAGUCCUGUAGAGACAUGAUCGGCUCUCUCGAGGAGUUUAAAACCUCUUCAAUCUCUUUAGCAUCUUAUCUUUCUCUGAGAAAUGGAAAGGAACGUGCUGAUCAUCGUGUGUGUGUGUUUGUUCCGGUGUAUGAACUGAUUACCGUAUGAGUCAGUGUGUGUAAAGCCUGUGUUGAUUCUCCUCAGGACAUGACGCUUGUGUUAUUACACGUGAAUAUUAGUACAUUCUGACACUCUGCAAACGAGGAGUAACACAGGUAUAGCCUACACAUCCAUCAGCUCACACACACUACUAAUACCUGCAGCAGAAUGUGUAGCCUGGAUGAGGUUCCAUUUAACUUUGCUCUGGAGAUACAGAUGGGUCAAAAAGAGCCGCUUACACCUCCUGAAAUGAACAUACCAGACUACGCUCAAAUACUGCGUGAGACAAAGUAUUCGUUCUUUCUGGAGAAGCGGAUCAUGGCUGCAUGGGAAGAGCAGCAGCGGAAGAACAGGAAGUUCAAAAAGAUCCAGCAGAGUGUGUGUCCCACCUGCCCACCGCAUUGGCUAAUGUUCAGCAGCCCGCAGCAGAACCGCAUGUGGUGCCUCGGAAAUGCAGAAUUAUGGGAACUGAGCCCACGUCCCCGCAGCUUAAGCCUGAGUGCUGCUGACUCACGUAAGCUCCGCCCACUGCGGGCGGUCCAGUUCCUCAUCGCUGACACAGACUGCGAGAGUGGCUACGGUGAAGACAAUGACAGCUCGUCUAGUGAGGAUGAAGCUGCUCGGAGCAAAGAAAGACCCAAGAGUUCUGGCUCUCAGUGUCCUCGUGUUCCAGUCCGUCACACCCAGCGAGGCUCCACCCCUCAUCCCACCCCUUCUGUCAAUCUCCCCAAGCCCCGCCCAAGCUCUACCGCCUCUGUAAAGGACAUCCGGAAGCCUGUCCUUCCUGCCCUGAGCCAGACGCCGCAGGGCAGUCCUCACAGCUCCAGAGCACCACGCCGAAAACCUGCCAUAGUGAGAACCAACGGCCGACGGAGCUUACACACUCUCCUACAGCCCAGACCCUCAUCCGCAGGACCACUGCCCUCCUGCAGGCGCCAGAAAUCUUCCUCGCAUGUUGUUCGUCCGCGGACGUCUGCAGGACUACAGGAUGCUCCAGCAGAUCUGCUGUGUGCUUUAAGUCAGGAAGAAAGGGAUCUUCUUGAAGGUGUUAUAAAACAUGGAUACACCCUGCACACAGCUAUACUAGCACUGCAGAAGACAGGACCCAAGAGCCCUGAUCAGAUUUUGAGUUAUUUGAUGUCAUGUGACCGUCUGUGUCGACUGGGUUAUGAGAAGACUCAAGUUGAAGAAGCUUUGGAGAUGUUCCAGAACUGUGAGAGCAAAGCUUCUGAGUUCCUGUUCCUGCUGUCUCAGUUCUGUGAGAUGGGUUUCCAGCAGAGCACCAUUAAAGAAGUUCUACUGGUUCACGAGAACCAUAAAGAGAAAGCCCUGGAGGAGCUUAUGACACGCAGCGGCUGAGGACACCAAUCUGAUCCUCGCUUAUGUGAACAAAUGAAUCGCUUCAGCAUGAAUGAGGACUUGAAUGAAUCCUCAGCUGCUCUACAUGAGAACGUGAAUCAGUCUUCAUCUCCUUUAAUGAAUUAAUAAAUCUCCAUCUUCAGCUUUAUAAAUUAAUGUAUGAACCCUUUUGAAUCUUUCACAGUUUUAAUGCUCCAGUUUUUCCAUGGAGAAGUCAUGUUUGGUGACUGAUAUUUAUUAUAUUGAUGAUCUGUAGAUCUGACUGCUUGCUGACAAAUAUGAAUCAUCUAGUUGAUGAGGGGAAUUGUG